AUGGCCGCUGCGAAACAUGCAAAUGGGGUUGCGCCGCGACAAAGAAAGACUCUCAACACCACCACGUCCAAUGGCGUCAACGGCAAGCAUCACAACAAGACGGCAAAGGCCACGACCCGCAGGAAACACCUUGAUCCCUCGCUUCUCCGCCGCUGCCUUUGCAUCGCCACAACGCGCACCUGGCUGAUCCCUCUCCUCCUCCUCCUCGUCCUUCUCGCAAUAUACGCUGUCAGUCCUACAGAGUCCAACAUUGUCCACCCCUUCAUCUUUCUGUCGUACAAGCAACAGCCUGCUGCGCCCGACGUAGCCAGGCCCGUACAAUAUGGCAAGGGCAAGCGCGACGUGACCUUUGUCUGCUUCUACAUGGUUGUCCUGUCCUUCACGCGCGAGUUGUUCAUGCAAGAAAUCUUCCGCCCACUGGCCAGACGUCUCGGCAUUCGCUCUCGGGGCAAGCAGCUCCGCUUCAUGGAGCAAACGUACACGGCCUUGUACUUUGCCUUGAUGGCUCCGUUCGGUGUCUACGCCAUGCGACGGACGCCAGUGUGGUAUUUUAACACGCGAGCCAUGUACCAAGACUUUCCUCACAAAACCCACGAGGCCUGCUUCAAGUUUUAUUACUUGUUCCAAGCCGCCUAUUGGGCACAGCAAGCAAUUGUCAUGUUGUUGGGACUGGAGAAGCCUCGAAAGGAUUUCAGGGAGCUCAUUGCACAUCACAUUAUUACUAUUAGCUUGAUUGCUCUCAGCUACCGCUUUCAUUUUACCUACAUGGGCAUUGCCGUGUACCUCACCCAUGACAUUAGCGACUUUUUUUCGCGGCAAGUGGCCUCUCUCCCUAACCUCAGAAUUCUGUACUCGCUGCUAGGCGAAUUUCAGACCGUUGGUCCCUAUGUCCUCAACUGGCAAACGCAGCAGUACAAGUGCUGGAUCUCAAGCGUCAUCACGUUUACGCUACUGGCUUUUAUCCAGGCACUCUACUUGUUCUGGCUGUUUUGUCUCUUGCGUAUCGGGUACCGCUACAUUGUUCACAAUAUUGCCCGAGAUGGCAGAUCUGAGGCGGAGGCGUCAGAGGCGGAACAGAUGAAUAGCUAUUCGAAUGGUAGUGCCAAGGGAAUGGUCAAGACUUGA